CAAUGAGCGGGACGACUAUGAUUAGCCCCGCUAGCGGGCGGGGCGGGUCGCCGCGGGCCGGGAGCAGUUGAUUCGGUGCGGGGUUUAUAUGGGCAUGGCCUCGGGAUUCCUGGCGAUCCUGGGCUCUGACGUGAACUCGGAGCAGCCGUCGCUUAUUAAAAAGUGCGGCUGGGUUGGGAGCGCUAUCAUUCGGCGAGAGGGAGCCGAGGAGAGUAGCCUUCGGGCGGUGUGGGCAGUGCUGAGAAGAGGCAAACGCGGACGCCUCAGCUGACGGCAGCGGACUCGAGCACACUUCGGCAAAGUUUGGGCAAAGUUUCGGAGCCCCGUCCCGUCACAGCAAUGGAUCAACAAGGACUAGCCACCAACGGCCAGGACGACGCCGAGAUGCCGGCAACCGAGAAGGACCUGGCGGAGGACGCGCCCUGGAAGAAGAUCCAGCAGAACACGUUCACCCGCUGGUGCAACGAGCACCUCAAGUGUGUGAACAAGCGGAUCGGCGACCUGCAGAAGGACCUCAGCGACGGCCUGAGGCUGAUCGCCCUUCUCGAGGUCCUGAGCCAGAAGAAGAUGUACAGAAAGUACCACUCGCGGCCCAAUUUCCGUCAGAUGAAGCUGGAGAACGUGUCGGUAGCCCUGGAGUUCCUGGACAGAGAGCGGAUUAAACUAGUCUCUAUCGACAGCAAGGCUAUUGUGGAUGGAAAUCUGAAGCUUAUCUUGGGCCUGAUCUGGACUCUCAUCCUCCAUUACUCCAUCUCUAUGCCCAUGUGGGAAGAUGAGGACGACGAAGAUAUCAAGAAGCAGACUCCCAAGCAGAGAUUGUUGGGAUGGAUUCAGAACAAGAUCCCACAGCUGCCCAUCACCAACUUUCACCGGGAUUGGCAGGAUGGCAAGGCACUAGGCGCGUUGGUGGACAACUGUGCACCAGGUCUGUGCCCUGACUGGCAGGAUUGGGACCCAAAUCAACCUGUGGGUAAUGCCCGGGAGGCCAUGCAACAGGCUGAUGAUUGGCUGGGGGUUCCUCAGGUAAUUGCCCCUGAGGAGAUUGUGGACCCCAAUGUAGAUGAACACUCAGUGAUGACCUAUCUCUCCCAAUUUCCAAAGGCAAAGCUCAAACCUGGUGCUCCACUCAGGACAAAACUCAACCCCAAGAAAGCUCGAGCUUAUGGGCCAGGUAUUGAGCCACAGGGUAACGUAGUCCUAAAGCCGGCAGAGUUCACAGUGGAGACGAUCAAUGCUGGUCUUGGAGAGGUCCUGGUCUUUGUGGAGGAUCCUGAAGGCCACACUGAGGAGGCACGAGUGACUGCAAACAAUGACAAGAACCGCACAUACUCUGUUUCCUAUGUACCCAAAGUUGCUGGACUUCAUAAGGUAACAGUUUUAUUUGCUGGGCAGCAAAUUGACAAAAGCCCUUUCAAAGUCCAGAUUGGCAUGGCUCUGGGUGAUGCCAACAAGGUGACUGCUCAAGGCCCUGGUCUGGAGCUGAAUGGGAACGUGGCCAACAAGCCAACAUACUUUGACAUUUACACUGCAGGUGCUGGGUCAGGGGAUGUUGGAGUCGUCAUUGUUGAUCCCCAGGGCCGGCGGGAUACAGUGGAGGUGAUUCUGGAGGACAAAGGAGACAAUGUUCUCCGCUGCACUUACAAACCUCUGCUCGAAGGUCCUCACACUAUCCAUGUGACUUUUGCUGGAGCUCCAAUACCCAAGAGUCCCUUCACUGUCAACAUCUCAGAAGCGUGCAAUCCCAAUGCAUGUCGAGCCUCUGGGAGAGGUCUGCAGCCCAAAGGAGUGCGAGUUAAGGAGGUGACCGACUUCAAAGUCUUCACGAAAGGAGCUGGCACUGGGGAGCUGAAGGUUGUCAUCAAAGGACCUAAGGGCACAGAAGAACCUGUGAAAGUUCGGGAUGUUGGCGAUGGUGUCUAUGAAUGUGAAUAUCAUCCGAUGAUUGGAGGCAAAUACGUGGUGACCAUCACCUGGGGUGGUUAUGCUAUUCCAAGAAGCCCCUUCGAAGUGCAAGUUGGACCUGAAGCUGGUGUCCAGAAGGUGCGAGCCUGGGGACCGGGACUAGAGACUGGUGUUGUGGGAAAGUCGGCGGAUUUUGUAGUGGAGGCGAUUGGGACUGAAGUUGGGACACUAGGUUUCUCCAUUGAAGGUCCCUCACAGGCGAAGAUUGAGUGUGAUGAUAAAGGAGAUGGAUCAUGCGAUGUACGAUACUGGCCCACUGAGCCUGGUGAUUAUGCUGUGCAUGUGAUUUGUGAUGAUGAAGAUAUUAAAGAUAGUCCUUUCAUGGCACACAUCCUGCCUGCAAACAAUGAAAGCUUCCCAGAGAAGGUGAAGGCUUUUGGCCCAGGUCUGGAACCAACAGGCUGCAUCGUAAACAAACCAGCUGAGUUUACCAUUGAUGCUCGAGCUGCUGGCAAGGGUGAACUCAAGAUCUAUGCACAGGAUGCGGAAGGUGUUCCCAUUGACAUCCAGAUCAAAGAUAAUAGGGACAACACAUUCUUUUGUGUGUAUGUGCCACAGAAGCCCAUCAAACACACAAUCAUCAUCAGCUGGGGCUCUGUCAACGUCCCGAACAGUCCCUUCCGAGUAUCUGUGGGAGAAGGCUGUCACCCACAGAAGGUGAAGGUGUAUGGACCAGGUGUGGAGAAAACGGGACUCAAGGCCAAUGAACCCACUUACUUCACAGUGGACUGCAGUGAGGCUGGACAAGGUGAUGUAAGCAUUGGCAUUAAGUGUGCACCAGGGGUUGUGGGACCAGCUGAGGCCGACAUCGAUUUCGACAUAAUUAAGAAUGACAACGAUACUUUCACAGUGAAGUACACACCCCCUGGUGCUGGGCGCUACACCAUCAUGGUGCUGUUCGCUGACCAGGAAAUUCCCAUCAGCCCAUUCUGCAUUAAAGUGGAGCCAUCACAUGAUGCUGGAAAGGUCAAGGCUGAAGGUCCUGGACUGAGCCGGACUGGUGUCGAGGUUGGGAAACCCACUCACUUCACUGUUUACACCAAAGGGGCCGGCAAAGCCACACUGGAUGUGCAGUUCACUGGAGCAGCAAAGGGAGAGGCUGUUCGUGAUUUUGAGAUCAUCGAUAACCAUGACUACUCCUACACUGUGAAAUACACCGCUGUGCAGCAGGGUAACAUGAUGGUGACUGUGACCUAUGGUGGCGACCAGGUUCCGAAGAGUCCGUUCACAGUUAAUGUGGCUCCACCUCUUGACCUGAAUAAGGUCAAAGUUCAUGGAUUGAAUAAUAAGGUUGACGUGGGGAAGGAUCAGGAGUUCAGUGUCAAUACUCGAGGUGCAGGGGGACAGGGGAAGGUUGACGUGAAGAUCACGUCUCCAUCCCGCCGUCCCAUCCCGUGCAAGGUGGAAACGGGAUCUACCAGUGAUGUUUACUCUGUCAAGUACAUGCCGCCUGAGGAGGGUCCGUAUAAAGUGGACAUCGGUUACGAUGGACAUCCAGUUCCUGGAAGCCCCUUCACUGUGGAGGGAGUCAUGCCUCCUGACCCCACCAAGGUUCGUGCCUAUGGGCCAGGUCUCAAAGGUGGUGUGGUUGGAAAAGCAGCUCCCUUUGCCAUUGACACCAAAGGUGCUGGCACUGGUGGUCUCGGGUUGACUGUGGAAGGUCCUUGUGAAGCUAAAAUUGAGUGCCAGGAUAAUGGUGAUGGCUCCUGCUCUGUCUCAUACCUCCCAACAGAGCCAGGUGAAUAUACAGUCAACAUCCUAUUUGCUGAGGCCCAUAUCCCAGGGUCCCCCUUCAAGGCAGACAUCAAACCAGUCUUCGACCCGAGCAAGGUCACAGCCAGUGGACCGGGGCUAGAGCGUGGCAAGGUUGGCGAGGCAGGAACUUUCACUGUGGAUUGCUCCAAGGCUGGGGAGGCUGACCUGACUAUUGAGAUCAUCUCUGAGACUGGCGUGAAGGCAGAGGUUCACAUUCAGAACAAUAGCGAUGGGACCUAUACCAUCACCUACAUCCCACCGUUCCAUGGCAUGUACACCAUCACCAUCAAGUAUGGCGGGCACGCAGUACCCAAGUUCCCAGCUCGCGUCAGGGUCGAUCCAGCUAUUGACACGGCAGGAGUGAAGGUGUUCGGACCAGGAGUAGAGCCUCGUGGAGUGCUCCGGGAGGUCACCACUGAAUUUACUGUGGACUGCCGAUCUGUUAACAAAACUGGUGGGAACCAUGUCAAGAUUCGUAUAGUUAAUCCUUCUGGGGCCAUGACUGACAGUUACAUCAAGGACAAUGGUGAUGGAACCUACCAUGUGGAGUACACAGCCUAUGAAGAUGGAAUGCAUAUGAUUGAAGUGCUCUAUGAUGAUAUCCCAAUCCCCAAGAGUCCAUUCAGAGUUGGAGUCACUGAGGGCUGUGACCCCAGCCGUGUCCGGGCAUAUGGGCCAGGCCUGGAAGGAGGUCUAGUCAACAAACCCAACCGGUUCACAGUGGAAACCAGGGGUGCAGGCACUGGAGGCCUGGGACUGGCUAUUGAGGGCCCCUCUGAGGCAAAAAUGUCCUGCAAGGACAACAAGGAUGGCAGCUGCAGUGUUGAGUAUAUCCCCUUUACUCCUGGAGACUACGAUGUCAACAUAACAUUUGGGGGGCACCCCAUUCCAGGAAGUCCCUUCCGUGUGCCAGUGAAGGAGUUGGUUGAUCCAAGCAAAGUGAAGUGCACGGGCCCUGGAUUGGGCACUGGAGUACGGGCACACAUACCCCAGACGUUUACAGUUGAUUGCAGCAAAGCUGGGUUAGCACCACUCGAAGUGCUGGUCUUCAGGCCUACAGGUGUAUCGGAGCCAACGAAAGUUAUUGAUAAUGGAGAUGGAACGCAUACUGUUCAUUAUACCCCAACCACGGACGGUCCCUUCACUGUUUCCGUUAAGUAUGCAGACCAGGAGGUUCCACGCAGUCCCUUCAAGAUCAAGGUUCUGCCAACUCAUGAUGCCAGCAAGGUGCGAGCAAGUGGGCCAGGACUGAAUGCCUCUGGAGUGCCAGCUAGUCUCCCUGUCGAGUUCACUAUCGAUGCCAGGGAUGCUGGUGAAGGACUGCUCACUGUCCAGAUCAUUGAUCCUGAGGGCAAACCAAAGAAGGCUAACAUUCGUGAUAAUGGAGAUGGAACAUACACAGUGUCCUAUGUCCCUGAUAUGACUGGACACUACACCAUUACGAUCAAAUAUGGAGGUGAUGAAAUCCCCUACUCACCAUAUCGAAUCCACGCCAUUCCAACUGGAGAUGCCAGCAAGUGUCUGGUAACAGUGUCCAUCGGCGGCCAUGGACUAGGGGCAGGACUUGGUCCAACCAUCCAAAUUGGCCAGGAGACAGUCAUAACAGUGGAUGCCAAGGCAGCUGGCAAAGGGAAGGUCACUUGCAAGGUCUCAACCCCUGAUGGAGCUGAGCUAGAUGUUGAUGUGGUUGAAAAUCAAGAUGGAACAUUUGACAUUUAUUACACAGCACCGGAACCUGGCAAAUAUGUCAUUACCAUCCGCUUUGGUGGGGAGCUUAUACCUAACAGCCCAUUCCACGUGGUGGCCUGUGAUGCCAUCCCCAUCAUUGAGGAGCCCUGCGAUACCCUGCAGCUACACCAGCCCUACGUGCCUUGCCGUGCUGGCUAUCCACCACACUGGGCCACUGAAGAGUCGGUUGUCCCAGUUGAUGUUAUGGAACAUGGUCUCCGGCCAUUCAACCUGGUCAUUCCCUUCACUGUCCAGAAGGGAGAAAUCACAGGUGAAGUCCGGAUGCCAUCUGGUAAAACUGGCCGUCCACACAUAACUGACAACAAGGAUGGGACUGUCACAGUAAAAUAUGCUCCCAUUGAGAAGGGUCUGCAUGAGAUGGACAUCAAGUAUGAUGGGAAUCACAUCCCAGGUAGUCCAUUGCAGUUCUAUGUGGAUGCUAUUAACAGUGGUCACGUGACUGCAUUUGGACCUGGUCUGAGCCAUGGGAUGGUGAACAAACCUGCAACAUUCACCAUUGUCACCAAGGAUGCAGGGGAAGGUGGCCUGUCCCUUGCUGUGGAAGGUCCCUCUAAAGCUGAAAUCACAUGUAAAGACAACAAGGAUGGCACCUGUACUGUAUCAUACCUGCCCACAGCCCCUGGAGAUUACAACAUUAUUGUUCGAUUUGAUGACAAGCACAUUGCCGGGAGUCCCUUCACAGCCAAGAUCACUGGUGAUGACUCAAUGAGAACCUCUCAACUCAACGUUGGCACAUCAACUGAAGUCUCACUGAAGAUUGCAGAGACAGACCUCAGUCUGCUCAAUGCCAGCAUCAAGGCCCCAUCUGGUAAUGAGGAACCCUGCUUGCUGAAGAGGCUGCCCAACAGGCACAUAGGUAUUUCAUUCACCCCAAAAGAGGUGGGAGAGCAUGUGGUGAGUGUGAAGAAAAAUAACCGUCAUGUCACAAACAGCCCCUUCAAGAUCAUGGUAGGGGCCUCUGAGAUUGGCGAUGCCUCCAAAGUGAAGGUUUCUGGGAAAGGCCUGGUGGAGGGUCGAACAUUUGAGGUGUCAGAAUUCAUUGUGGACACAAGAGGUGCAGGUUAUGGAGGGCUUGGUCUGUCCAUUGAAGGUCCCAGCAAAGUUGAUAUCAAUUGUGAGGAUCAGGAGGAUGGAACUUGCAAAGUGACUUACUGCCCAACGGAGCCAGGCAACUACAUUAUCAACAUUAAAUUUGCUGACCGCCAUGUGCCAGGAAGUCCUUUUACAGUGAAGAUGACUGGUGAAGGGAGAAUUAAGGAGAGUAUCACCAGGAGACGACAGGCACCCUCCAUAGCAACUGUGGGUAGCACCUGUGACCUGAAUCUGAAGAUUCCAGGAAAUUGGUUCCAGAUGGUGUCCGCACAGGAGCGUUUGACCAGGACCUUUACACGCAGUAGCCACACCUACACACGCACGGAACGGACUGAGAUCAGUAAAACGCGCGGUGGCGAAACUAAGAGAGAAGUGAGAGUGGAGGAAUCCACACAAGUUGGAGGGGACCCUUUCCACAAUGUAUUCGGAGAGUUCAUGGGCCGUGAAAGCCUGGGCUCCUUUACCAAUAUCCCACGGGCUGAAGUGGAAGUUGGAGCAAAGGAAAUGACGGCACAGGUCACCAGCCCAUCUGGGAAGAUGGAUGAUGCAGAAAUUAUCGAGGGAGACGACAGCACUUACAGUGUGCGGUUCAUACCGCAGGAGAUGGGCUCUCAUACUGUCAAUGUUAAGUAUAGAGGCCAGCAUGUUCCCGGCAGCCCCUUCCAGUUCACCGUGGGGCCACUGGGUGAGGGAGGAUCCCACAAGGUUCGAGCUGGAGGUUCUGGUUUGGAGCGUGGUGUUGCCGCAGUGCCAGCUGAAUUCAGCAUCUGGACACGUGAGGCUGGAGCUGGUGGUCUCUCCAUUGCUGUGGAAGGCCCAAGCAAAGCUGAGAUCUCUUUUGAAGAUCGCAAGGAUGGCUCGUGUGGUGUUUCCUACAUUGUACAGGAACCUGGUGACUAUGAGGUAUCCAUCAAGUUCAAUGAUGAGCAUAUCCCAGACUCUCCAUUUAUUGUUCCGAUUGCUUCUCCCUCGGACGCUGCCCGCAGACUCACCGUUACCAGUCUCCAGGAAUCUGGGUUAAAGGUCAACCAACAAGCCUCAUUUGCAGUUCAGCUGAAUGGAGCAAGAGGAGUAAUCGAUGCAAAAGUUCGGACCCCAUCUGGGGCUGUGGAGGAAUGUUAUAUGUCAGAGCUGGAUAGUGAUAAUUUUGCAAUUCGCUUCAUACCACGUGAAAAUGGUGUCCACUCCAUCGAUGUCAAGUUCAACUCCUGUCACAUCCCAGGUAGUCCCUUCAGGAUCCGAGUGGGAGAGCCAGGGCAGACUGGGGAUCCUGGCUUGGUCUCUGCCUAUGGCCCAGGACUGGAAGGAGGUGUCACAGGAGUGCCCUCUGAGUUUAUUGUCAAUACAUGUAAUGCUGGGGCUGGAGCUCUUUCUGUUACCAUCGAUGGCCCAUCCAAAGUGAAGAUGGACUGCCAAGAGGGUCCUGAAGGUUAUAAGGUAACCUAUACCCCAAUGGCCCCUGGGAAUUACCUGAUCUCCAUCAAAUAUGGUGGACCUCAGCAUAUUGUUGGCAGUCCCUUCAAGGCCAAGGUCACAGGUGUCCGUCUGUCUGGGGGCCAUAGUUUACAUGAGACAUCCACUGUCCUGGUUGAAACAGUUACCAAGUCAUCCACAGUUGCUGGGUAUGGACCAAUGCCCAAGUUUGCAUCUGAUGCUAGCAAAGUAGUAUCUCGAGGGCCUGGCUUGUCCAAGGCUUUCAUUGGGCAGAAGAACAACUUCACUGUGGAUUGCAGCAAAGCAGGAACCAACAUGUUGAUGGUGGGAGUGCAUGGCCCGAAGACUCCCUGUGAGGAGGUUUACGUGAAACACAUGGGCAACCGGGUUUAUAACGUCACGUACACUGUGAAGGAGAAAGGCGACUACAUUCUGAUCGUGAAGUGGGGAGAUGAGUGUGUGCCUGGCAGCCCAUUCCAUGCUACUGUCCCCUGAAUGACUUAUCGUCUUGUGGAACCUUUGUUGCAUCUCAGAGGAUCUGAACUGUCAAAGUUUUUUUUUGUAGAAAAACCAAAAAAAAAUUAACUUAAAAA